GGCCCGGAGCCGGGUAGGCGGCGGCGCGGUCCCGGCCACCUCGGCCGCCGCCCCCAGACCCGAUCCCGGGCCGGGCUCAGUCCCCGGCGGUGUCACCCCGGUCCCCGGUCCCUAGAGGCGUUCUCGUCCCUUCUGGCAUAUACUCCCGUACUUCUGAGAAACUGUGGUGUGUGUGGGUCAAGAGACACCUUCCUGAGCUGGAUGUGGUGGCGCACCCUGUGAUCCCAGCACUUGGGAGGCUGAGGCAGGAGGAUCCUGAGGCCAGCGUGGGCUACACAUACAGGAAUAGUACUUCUCCAAGUCUACUUCAGGAAGAAAGUGCCUGCCAUUCCUGUGGUUUCUACACAGGUUCAUGCCAGCCUAUAACACAGAAUCAGAAUCAGAAGAGUUUCUCCGUAACCAGCCAAGAUGAACAUGGUGAAGAGGAUCAUGGGCCGGCCGCGGCAGGAGGAGUGCAGUCCACAGGACAACGCCUUGGGUCUGAUGCACCUCCGCCGGCUCUUCACAGAGCUGUGCCAUCCUCCCCGGCACAUGACCCAGAAGGAGCAGGAAGAGAAGCUGUACAUGAUGCUGCCGGUGUUCAACAGGGUUUUUGGAAAUGCUCCGCCAAAUACAAUGACAGAAAAGUUUUCUGAUCUGCUGCAGUUUACAACACAAGUCUCACGACUGAUGGUGACAGAAAUUCGGAGGAGAGCGUCAAACAAAUCCACAGAGGCUGCAAGUCGGGCCAUCGUCCAGUUUCUGGAGAUCAAUCAGAGUGAAGAAGCCAGUCGAGGGUGGAUGCUUUUGACAACUAUUAAUCUGUUGGCGUCCUCUGGUCAGAAAACCGUGGACUGCAUGACAACGAUGUCAGUGCCUUCCACCCUGGUUAAAUGUUUAUAUCUGUUUUUUGACCUUCCACAUGUGCCUGAGGCAGUUGGAGGUGCACAGAAUGAGCUACCUCUAGCAGAACGGCGGGGACUCCUCCAGAAAGUUUUUGUACAGAUCUUAGUGAAACUCUGCAGCUUUGUUUCCCCAGCAGAGGAGCUGGCACAGAAGGAUGACCUCCAGCUUCUGUUCAGUGCAAUAACCUCGUGGUGCCCCCCCUACAACCUACCGUGGAGGAAGAGCGCUGGGGAGGUCCUGAUGACCAUCUCCCGGCACGGGCUCAGCGUCAAUGUGGUCAAGUACAUUCAUGAAAAAGAAUGUUUAUCUACAUGUGUUCAGAACAUGCAGCAGUCGGAUGACCUGUCUCCCCUAGAGACUGUUGAAAUGUUUGCCAGGCUUUCUUGCUUCCUGAAAGAUUCCAGUGAUGUUUCCCAAACACUUUUGGAUGAUUUUCGGAUAUGGCAAGGAUACAAUUUUCUUUGUGAUCUCUUGCUUAGAUUGGAACAAGCAAAAGAGGCUGAGUCCAAAGAUGCCUUGAAAGACCUGGUUAAUCUGAUAACUUCCCUGACCACAUAUGGCAUCCAUGAGCUGAAGCCAGCGGGGAUCACCACAGGGGCGCCCUUCCUGUUGCCCGGAUUCGCAGUACCUCAGCCUGCAGGCAAAGGUCACAGUGUGAGAAACAUCCAGGCCUUUGCAGUUCUUCAGAAUGCAUUUUUAAAAGCAAAAACCAGCUUCCUGGCCCAGAUCAUCCUGGAUGCCAUCACAAACAUUUAUAUGGCCGACAAUGCCAACUACUUCAUCCUAGAGUCACAGCACACUCUGUCACAGUUUGCUGAGAAGAUUUCUAAACUCCCAGAAGUCCAAAACAAAUACUUUGAGAUGCUGGAGUUUGUUGUUUUUAGCUUAAAUUACAUCCCUUGUAAAGAACUUAUUAGUGUUAGUAUCCUCUUAAAAUCUAGCUCUUCUUACCACUGUAGCAUUGUUGCCAUGAGAACCCUUCUUAAGUUUACAAGACAUGACUACAUAUUUAAAGAUGUGUUCAGGGAGGUGGGCCUUCUGGAGGUCAUGGUAAACCUUUUGCAUAAAUAUGCUGCCCUCUUGAAAGAUCCAACUCAGGCACUGCAUGAACAAGGGGACUCAAGAAACAAUAGUUCAGUUGAAGACCAAAAGCACCUGGCUCUGUUGGUCAUGGAGACACUGACUGUGCUCCUGCAGGGGUCCAACACGAACGCAGGAAUCUUCCGAGAGUUCGGAGGAGCCAGGUGUGCACACAACAUCGUGCGGUACCCACAGUGCCGGCAGCAUGCCCUGAUGACCAUCCAGCAGCUGGUGCUGUCUCCCAAUGGGGAUGACGACAUGGGCACCCUUCUGGGGCUGAUGCACUCGGCCCCACCCACGGAGCUGCAGCUGAAGACUGACAUCCUGAGGGCCCUUCUGUCUGUCCUUCGAGAAAGCCAUCGUUCAAGAACGGUGUUUAGGAAAGUUGGAGGAUUUGUGUACAUUACAUCCUUGCUUGUUGCCAUGGAGAGAUCUUUGAGCUGUCCCCCCAAGAGCGGCUGGGAGAAAGUGAACCAGAAUCAAGUGUUUGAGCUCCUCCACACUGUGUUCUGUACCCUGACUGCAGCCAUGCGCUAUGAGCCAGCCAACUCUCACUUCUUCAAGACAGAGAUUCAGUACGAGAAGUUGGCAGAUGCCGUUAGAUUUCUUGGCUGCUUCUCAGACCUAAGAAAAAUAAGUGCCAUGAACGUCUUCCCCUCAAACACACAGCCAUUUCAAAGACUGUUAGAGGAAGAAGCGAUUUCCAUGGACUCCGUGUCACCCACCUUACGGCACUGCAGUAAACUCUUUAUUUAUCUCUACAAAGUAGCCACAGACUCUUUUGACAGUCGUGCAGAACAGAUCCCUCCUUGCCUGACAAGUGAGUCUUCUCUCCCCUCUCCUUGGGGGACACCAGCUUUGUCCAGGAAAAGGCAUGCAUAUCAUUCUGUUUCCACUCCCCCUGUUUACCCUGCAAAAAAUGUUGCUGACUUGAAAGUCCACAUGACCCCAUCAUCUCUCCAGAGCUCGGACGCUGUCAUCAUCCACCCUGGGGCCAUGCUUGCCAUGCUGGACCUCCUGGCCUCAGUAGGGUCCAUGACUCAGCCAGAGCAUGCUCUGGACCUUCAGCUUGAGGUGGCAAACAUUUUGCAGUCCCUGGUGCACACGGAGAGAAACCAGCAAGUCAUGUGUGAAGCUGGUCUUCAUGCUCGGCUGCUGCAGCGGUGCAGCACGGCCCUGGCCGAUGAGGACCACGCACUGCACCCACCCCUGCAGCGCAUGUUUGAGCGGCUGGCCUCACAGGCUCUGGAGCCCAUGGUGCUGAGGGAGUUUUUGCGUUUGGCGAGUCCUUUAAAUUGUGGUGCCUGGGACAAGAAACUGCUCAAACAAUACAGGGUCCACAAACCAAGUUCCCUGAGUUAUGAGCCAGAGAUGAGAAGUAGUAUGCUCACAUCUCUGGAAGGUCUGGGUUCUGAUAACGUUUUUAGCUUGCAUGAAGAUAACCAUUACCGAAUAAGCAAAAGCUUGGUGAAAUCUGCCGAAGGAAGCACCGUACCCUUAACCAGGGUGAAGUGUCUCGUCUCCAUGACAACUCCACACGAUAUCAGACUUCAUGGGUCCUCAGUUACUCCAGCUUUUGUUGAAUUUGACACAUCCCUAGAAGGGUUUGGCUGCCUGUUUCUGCCCAGUCUGGCCCCUCACAACGCUCCUACAAAUAAUGCUGUCACCACGGGGCUCACGGAUGGGGCUGUGGUCAGCGGCAUUGGCUCCGGUGAGAGGUUCUUCCCUCCGCCUUCUGGCCUGAGUUACUCCAGUUGGUUCUGCGUCGAGCACUUCAGCUGCGCCCCACAGCACCACCCAGUCCGGCUGCUCACCAUGGUGCGGCGCGCAAACUCCUCCCAGCAGCACUACGUGUGCCUGGCCAUGGUCCUCUCGGCCAAAGACCGCUCCCUGAUCGUCUCCACAAAAGAGGAGCUGCUCCAAAACUAUGUUGAUGAUUUUAGUGAAGAAUCCUCUUUUUAUGAGAUUCUGCCCUGCUGUGCUCGCUUUCGAUGUGGAGAGCUGAUUGUGGAGGGACAGUGGCACCACCUGGUCCUGGUGAUGAGCAAGGGCAUGCUGAAGAACAGCACGGCUGCCCUCUACAUCGACGGGCAGCUGGUCAGCACCGUCAAGCUUCAUUAUGUCCACAGCACGCCAGGGGGAUCUGGCUCGGCGAACCCCCCAGUGGUCAGCACGGUCUACGCCUACAUCGGAACCCCCCCUGCGCAGCGCCAGAUCGCUUCUCUGGUGUGGCGCCUCGGGCCCACCCACUUUCUAGAAGAAGUGUUGCCUCCCUCCAGUGUCACUACCAUUUAUGAACUUGGACCAAAUUACGUUGGGAGCUUUCAGGCGGUGUGUAUGCCAUGUAAAGAUGCCAAGUCAGAAGGUGUCGUGCCCUCACCUGUGUCAUUAGUUCCAGAGGAGAAGGUAUCCUUUGGUCUCUAUGCACUCUCCGUGUCCUCUCUGACUGUAGCGCGGAUCCGGAAGGUGUACAACAAGCUGGACAGCAAAGCCAUUGCUAAACAGUUAGGCAUCUCCUCCCACGAGAAUGCCACGCCUGUGAAGUUGGUGCACAAUUCUGCAGGACACCUGAAUGGGCCUGCGCGGACCAUUGGGGCCACUCUGAUUGGAUACUUGGGAGUAAGAACGUUUGUCCCUAAGCCUGUUGCCACUACUUUGCAGUACAUUGGUGGCGCAGCGGCCAUCCUGGGCCUGGUGGCCAUGGCCUCCGACGUGGAAGGGCUCUAUGCCGCCGUCAAGGCCCUGGUGUGUGUGGUCAGGAGCAACCCGCUAGCCAGCAAGGAGAUGGAGAGAAUCAGGGGCUACCAGGUCUGGCUCCAUGCACCAUAUGAACUUCAUCUUUCCUUAUUCGAACACUUCAUUGAGCUGCUCACAGAGUCCAGUGAGGCUUCAAAGAAUGCCAAGCUAAUGAGAGAAUUCCAGUUAAUCCCAAAGCUGCUUCUGACUCUGAGGGAUAUGUCUUUGUCCCAGCCGACCAUCGCUGCCAUUAGUAAUGUGCUGAGCUUCUUGCUGCAAGGUUUUCCCAACAGCAAUGAUCUGCUCAGGUUUGGCCAGUUUAUUUCUUCUACUUUGCCAACCUUUGCAGUUUGUGAGAAAUUUGUAGUUAUGGAAAUAAAUAGUGAAGAGAAAUUCGACAGUGGAACAGAAGAGGAGUUUGGAGGUCUUGUAUCUGCUAAUCUUAUACUUUUGAGGAACAGACUUCUAGAUAUCUUGCUAAAACUAGUUUAUACAUCUAAAGAAAAGACAAGCAUUAACUUGCAAGCUUGUGAAGAACUGGUCAGGACCCUGGGUUUUGACUGGAUUAUGAUGUUCAUGGAGGAGCACUUGCAUUCCACCACGGUGACAGCAGCCAUGCGGAUCCUAGUUGUCCUGCUGAGCAACCAGUCGAUUCUCAUCAAGUUUAAAGAAGGCCUCAGUGGUGGAGGAUGGCUUGAGCAGACAGAUUCUGUCCUAACCAAUAAGAUCGGAACUGUAUUAGGGUUCAACGUGGGCAGGAGUGGUGCUGGAGGGAGAUCGACAGUCAGGGAGAUUAACCGGGACGCCUGCCACUUCCCUGGGUUUCCAGUUCUCCAGUCCUUCCUUCCUAAACACACUAAUGUCCCUGCCCUCUAUUUCCUCCUCAUGGCCUUGUUUCUGCAGCAGCCAGUUAGUGAGCUGCCUGAGAACCCGCAGGUCAGUGUGCCUGUCGCCAGCAGCCGAUGUAAGCAGGGUGGCCAGUUUGAUUUGGAUUCCAUCUGGACGUUUAUCUUUGGUGUCCCCGCCUCCAGCGGAACCGUGGUCUCUUCCAUCCACAAUGUGUGCACAGAGGCUGCUUUUUUGUUGCUGGGCAUGCUCCGUAGCAUGCUGAAUUCGCCGUGGCAGUCAGAAGAAGAGGGGUCUUGGCUGCGAGAAUACCCAGUGACCCUGAUGCAGUUCUUCCGCUAUCUGUACCACAACGUGCCUGACCUCGCCUCCAUGUGGAUGAGCCCAGAUUUCCUGUGCGCCUUGGCCGCGACCGUCUUCCCCUUCAACAUCCGCCCUUACUCAGAGAUGGUAGGAAAGGGGAGGAAAGUGGCAAAACUGGAGCUAGUCUGUGCAAUGGUGACUGAUCUUGAUGAUGAAGUUGGAUCUCCUGCGGAAGAGUUUAAAGCCUUUGCCGCAGACACGGGGAUGAACAGGAGCCAGUCGGAGUACUGCAAUGUGGGCACCAAGACCUAUCUGACCAACCACCCCGCUAAAAAGUUUGUUUUUGACUUCAUGCGGGUCUUAAUAAUAGACAACCUCUGUCUCACCCCCGCCAGCAAGCAGACGCCAUUGAUCGAUCUUUUGUUGGAGGCUUCCCCUGAAAGAUCUACAAGAACUCAACAAAAAGAAUUUCAGACUUACAUUUUGGAUGGUGUGAUGGACCACCUACUUGCAGCUGAUGUGUUAUUGGGGGAAGAUGCAUCUCUGCCUAUUACCAGCGGAGGAAGCUACCAGGUAUUGGUGAACAAUGUGUUUUAUUUCACACAACGUGUGGUGGACAAGCUUUGGCAAGGCAUGUUCAACAAAGAAUCUAAACUUCUUAUAGAUUUUAUAAUUCAACUAAUUGCACAGUCAAAGAGAAGAUCACAAGGGCUGUCGCUGGACGCAGUUUAUCACUGCCUCAACAGGACCAUCUUGUACCAGUUCUCGCGAGCUCACAAGACUGUCCCUCAGCAAGUAGCACUCCUGGAUUCACUCAGGGUCCUGACUGUCAACCGGAACUUGAUCUUGGGACCUGGGAAUCAUGACCAGGAAUUCAUCAGCUGUCUUGCUCACUGCUUGAUUAAUCUACAUGCUGGAAGCAAUGUGGAAGGGUUUGGACUGGAAGCCGAAGCACGCAUGACCACGUGGCAUAUAAUGAUCCCCUCUGACAUCGAGCCAGACGGUAGUUACAGUCAAGAUAUUAGUGAAGGACGUCAGCUUCUCGUAAAAGCUGUCAACAGGGUUUGGACUGAGCUGAUCCAUAGUAAGAAACAAGUCUUGGAAGAACUUUUCAAAGUUACUCUGCCUGUGAACGAGAGAGGGCACGUGGACAUAGCCAUAGCACGGCCACUCAUUGAAGAAGCUGGCUUGAAAUGCUGGCAGAAUCAUUUGGCCCAUGAAAAGAAAAGCAUAAGUCGAGGAGAAGCUUUAGUGCCCACCACACAAUCCAAACUGUCCCGAGUUAGCAGUGGCUUUGGUCUUUCCAAGUUAACUGGAUCAAGAAGGAAUCGAAAGGAAAGUGGUCUAAACAAACACAGUCUUUCCACACAGGAGAUCUCUCAGUGGAUGUUCACACAUAUCGCUGUUGUUCGGGACUUAGUGGACACACAGUAUAAGGAGUAUCAGGAGCGUCAGCAGAACGCCCUGAAGUACGUGACAGAGGAGUGGUGCCAGAUUGAGUGUGAGCUCUUGAGAGAGCGAGGAUUGUGGGGUCCCCCCAUUGGGUCCCAUCUGGACAAAUGGAUGCUGGAGAUGACGGAAGGGCCCUGCAGAAUGAGGAAAAAAAUGGUGCGAAAUGACAUGUUUUAUAACCAUUAUCCUUAUGUGCCAGAAACAGAGCAAGAGACAAACAUGGCGUCUGAGAUCCCAAGUAAACAGCCCGAGGCACCUGAUGAUAUCAUUCCUCAAAAGAAACCUGCUCGGUACAGAAGGGCCAUCAGCUAUGACAGUAAAGAAUACUACAUGCGCCUGGCCUCUGGCAACCCUGCCAUCGUCCAGGACACCAUCGUGGAGAGCUCCGAAGGGGAAGCAGCACAGCAAGAGCCAGAGCACGGGGAAGACACCAUUGCCAAAGUCAAAGGUCUGGUCAAGCCUCCUCUAAAGCGCUCUCGGUCUGCACCUGAUGGAGGAGACGAGGAGAACCAGGAACAGCUACAAGACCAGAUUGCUGAGAGCAGUGCCAUAGAAGAGGAGGAGAAAACAGACAAUGCCACGUUACUGCGCCUGCUAGAGGAAGGAGAAAAGAUCCAGCACAUGUACCGCUGUGCUCGCGUCCAGGGCCUGGACACCAGUGAGGGGCUACUGCUUUUCGGUAAAGAGCAUUUUUAUGUGAUUGAUGGAUUUACCAUGACGGCAACCAGGGAAAUACGCGAUAUUGAAACCUUACCUCUAAAUAUGCAUGAGCCAAUUAUCCCUCGAGGAGCCAGACAAGGCCCCAGUCAGCUCAAGAGAACUUGCAGCCUUUUCGCAUAUGAAGAUAUCAAGGAAGUGCAUAAAAGGAGAUACCUCCUGCAGCCUAUUGCUGUGGAAGUUUUCUCUGGAGAUGGACGGAAUUACCUCCUUGCUUUUCAGAAAGGAAUAAGAAACAAAGUCUAUCAAAGGUUUUUGGCAGUGGUGCCAUCCCUGACAGACAGUUCAGAGUCAGUGUCUGGCCAGCGGCCGAAUACCAGUGUGGAGCAGGGAUCUGGGUUACUUAGCACGUUGGUUGGAGAGAAGUCUGUGACUCAGAGGUGGGAGAGAGGUGAAAUCAGCAACUUCCAGUACUUGAUGCACUUGAACACUCUGGCUGGCAGAUCAUACAACGAUCUCAUGCAGUAUCCUGUCUUUCCCUGGAUCCUUGCAGAUUAUGACUCAGAGGAGGUAGAUCUUACUAACUCCAAGACCUUUAGAAACCUGGCUAAGCCUAUGGGGGCACAGACAGAUGAGCGAUUAGCGCAGUAUAAGAAGCGGUACAAAGACUGGGAGGAUCCUAAUGGAGAAACUCCAGCGUACCACUAUGGGACCCACUAUUCAUCUGCAAUGAUCGUGGCCUCCUACCUUGUGCGGAUGGAGCCUUUCACACAGAUAUUCUUAAGGCUACAGGGCGGCCACUUCGACCUGGCAGACCGAAUGUUCCACAGCGUGCGCGAGGCCUGGUACUCGGCCUCCAAGCACAACAUGGCAGAUGUAAAGGAGCUCAUCCCAGAGUUUUUUUACUUACCAGAAUUCCUGUUCAACUCCAACAACUUUGAUCUGGGCUGCAAACAGAAUGGCACCAAGCUCGGAGACGUCAUCCUUCCUCCCUGGGCCAAAGGAGACCCCCGAGAAUUCAUCCGCGUCCACCGCGAGGCUCUGGAGUGUGACUACGUGAGUGCCCAUCUGCACGAGUGGAUUGACUUGAUCUUUGGCUACAAGCAGCAAGGCCCCGCGGCAGUGGACGCUGUCAACGUCUUCCACCACCUUUUUUAUGAGGGCCAAGUGGAUAUCUACAAUAUCAAUGACCCUCUGAAGGAGACGGCCACCAUCGGGUUCAUCAACAACUUCGGCCAGAUUCCUAAGCAGUUAUUUAAGAAACCUCACCCACCAAAGCGAGUGAGGAGUCGACUCAAUGGAGACAAUGCAGGCAUCUCUGUCCCACUGGGAUCCACGAGUGACAAGAUCUUUUUCCAUCACCUAGACAACUUGCGGCCUUCUCUCACCCCUGUGAAAGAACUCAAAGAGCCUGUGGGACAAAUAGUCUGUACAGACAAAGGGAUCCUUGCAGUGGAGCAGAACAAGGUUCUCAUCCCACCCACCUGGAACAAGACCUUCGCUUGGGGCUAUGCAGACCUCAGCUGCAGGCUGGGGACCUAUGAGUCAGACAAGGCAGUGACCGUGUACGAAUGCUUGUCCGAGUGGGGCCAGAUUCUCUGCGCCAUCUGCCCCAACACCAAGCUGGUCAUCACGGGUGGCACGAGCACAGCAGUGUGUGUGUGGGAGAUGGGCACCUCCAAGGAGAAGGCCAAGAGCCUGGUGUUGAAGCAGGCCUUGCUGGGCCACACAGAUACUGUCACCUGUGCCACGGCAUCCUUAGCCUACCACAUAAUCGUCAGCGGCUCCCGAGACCGGACCUGCAUCAUUUGGGACUUGAACAAACUGUCCUUUCUAACCCAGCUCCGGGGCCACCGAGCGCCAGUUUCUGCUCUUUGUAUCAAUGAGUUAACGGGGGACAUCGUGUCAUGUGCUGGCACAUAUAUUCAUGUGUGGAGCAUUAAUGGGAACCCCAUCGUGAGUGUGAACACAUUCACAGGUCGAAGCCAGCAGAUUAUGUGCUGCUGCGUGUCAGAGAUGAACGAGUGGGACACACAGAACGUCAUCGUGACAGGACACUCGGAUGGCGUGGUUCGGUUUUGGAGAAUGGAAUUUUUGCAAGUUCCUGAAACGCCAGCUCCUGAGCCUGUUGAAGUCCUAGAAAUGCAGGAAGAGUGUCCAGAAGCACAAAUAGGGCAGGAAGCUCAAGAUGAGGACAGCAGUGACUCUGAAGCAGAGGAGCCAAGCAUCUCCCAGGAGCCCAGAGACGUCCCCAGCCAACCCAGCAGCACCAGCCACAGGCCCCGGGCGGCAUCCUGCCGAGCCACAGCCACCUGGUGCACUGACAGCAGCUCCGAUGACUCACGGCGCUGGUCUGACCAGCUCAGUCUUGAUGAGAAGGACGGCUUCAUAUUUGUGAACUAUUCUGAGGGCCAGGCCAGAGCCCAUCUGCAGGGUCCCCUCAACCACCCUCAGCCCAACCCCAUGGAGGCGAGGAGUUACAGCAGAUUGAAACCCGGGUACCGAUGGGAGCGGCAGCUGGUGUUCAGGAGCAAGCUGACCAUGCACACGGCCUUUGAUCGCAAGGACAAUGCACACCCGGCCGAGGUCACCGCACUGGGUGUGUCCAAGGAUCACAGCAAGAUCCUGGUUGGGGACAGUCAAGGCCGAGUCUUCAGCUGGUCGGUGAGUGACCAGCCGGGCCGUUCUGCAGCUGACCACUGGGUGAAGGACGAAGGCGGAGACAGCUGCUCGGGCUGCUCAGUACGCUUCUCGCUCACGGAACGGCGACACCACUGCAGGAACUGCGGCCAGCUUUUCUGCCAGAAGUGUAGCCGAUUUCAAUCUGAAAUCAAACGCUUGAAAAUCUCAUCUCCUGUGCGAGUUUGCCAGAACUGUUACUAUAACCUGCAGCAUGAGAGGGGUUCGGAGGACGGGCCUCGAAACUGCUGAGGACUGAACCAGCCGAUCAGAGACAAGGUCUGUAGACCCCUUCCUGAUUCCCUGUCCCAGCUCAGAAGGCACGGAAAACAGUCUCCGUUUACACAUCUCUUCAGACCAUGUGUCUGAAGCGCUGAACUCAAAGGGAUCAUUGGAGAAACGGGUGUAGGGUGCGGUAACUGGCGGACACUCUCCAGCGAACAGCUCAAGAAGAUGAGGUGGCUCCUAGGAGCGACGUUUUCAGUGUCCGAUUCUCCCUGGUAACAGUAGCUGGCUCCAAGAGAAAACUCUCACUUAAUAACUAUCUUUUCCUGCAUUUCAUUUUUAUAGAGCUGUCCAUCCUUAUUUGGAAAACCUACAAAAACAACAAAAAAAAAGGCUUUUAGAAAAUGGUUGUAAAUCUGACUUCUUUGCAAGUAAUUAUGUAUAUUGUAAAUAGGUAUAAAGGCCUUUUUUUUUCUAAAUAAGGACCUAACUGCCUGUAACCUGAGACUUCAAACUAAACCACUAACUCAGUGCACUCUCUGGUUUGUCUAACAUCUCUCACUUACUAAUUAUAAAUACGUUUUUUUAAAUCCUCAAGGACAUUAUCUGUGGUCUUUCUUUUCUUUUCAAACCCAGCCUGUGUGCCUAAUGUCCUUUCUUUUAAGUUGCCCACAGUGUCUCCAUUCACACUAGGCUAGUAACCAAAAUAACGAGGACCUUCUUUAGGAAACAGUGGGGGAGAAUUGAAGCUCAGCUGGAUGGUAACCUGGAAAUAUCAGGGCACCUUGCACUUGGCUGUGCACGCCACCUCAGUGUUGUUCCUGUGUGACAUGGCCCAUUGAGACACACAUACAGCUGCCCUGUGCUCAGAGUGGACCUUCUUGGUGUGGCAGAGAGGAGGUCACGUGACCGGCAGAGUGGGUAGGGGGAACAGCCUUGCCUCCAAAAUGGAAAUAUAUUUGCAUGUAACCCCAAACUAGCUUCUCUUGCAUAGAACAUAAUAAGUAUGUGUCUUUGGUGAUACUAAUGUUCUACUAUAGUUUAUUUUCAAAAAAGGGUUAAAAAAGUGUACAGAAUUAACCUGUAAACCCUGUUGUAAAACUGGAUCAUGUCAGAACUGCUUAAAAUUAACCUUUACCAUUUAAUGCCAUCUACCUGAAAAACAGUGGGAUUUAUACUGUAUCAAUGUCUAUUUUUUUGUUUUUUGCUAUGAAUAUAAUUACAGUAUUUUAAUAUUUAGUUAUUUAAUUUGUUCUAGUUGGAUACAAAACACACAAAUUCAGGGGGAUUAAAGCUAGCAGGGGAUAAGAGAUUAAUUUACAGAAAAGGCUUUGGUGGUGGGAUUUUAAAAAAUGUGUGUUAUGUACAUAAAUAUAAAUAUAUAUAUAAAAUCAAAUAAAGCAAUUAAUCUAGAUUUUAACAUUUUCAGAUACUUAAUGAUAAUAUUAUGAGCAAUCCUAAAAGCCCUGGUGAUUUGAAAAGCAUAGAUCAUUAAUGGCCCAAGGAAGGAAGGACAAGCACUCAUACCCUCCCAGAGGCAUCAAGGGACAGUGGCUUUGGCUUUCCCAACUUAUCAUCGUUAGGCCCUGGUGACAGGCACUCUUGUGCACUAAAAUGCACAUAGAUGCACCUGCAUUCAAAAAUAGGCAUUUGGUACAGUAAUGAUCUUGUACCUGAUGGGCUGAAACCAGCUUAAGAACAGAUGUGUUCUUCCUGAUAACUAGGUCUCCAAGAGAAAAUACAAAGGCUGCUUUAGUGCCUUAUGCUUACUAAAUUUAAAUCUUUAUUUACCUAGGUUUGAGCCUACGGUCUAUUUAUGGGUACAUAUCAAAACCGAUUAAAACACUUCCAUCUCUGAAAGUUCAAGUAUACAUGUUAAUAAAAGGAUAAUUGGCAUUAAUACUACCACCUGAAGAAGACCUGUGUCAUUUUCCUUUCUGUCUCUCUUCACCCUCCCCAUCCCACCUUCCUCCCAUCAUCAUUACUGAUGCUGAGGGUCACCAGCUGCAGAGCCUGUGCCCUCUCCCAGCAGCGGCCUGCCCUGUCGGCCUCUGGAUGCGUUGUAACAGUGUUAUUCUACACUUUUAAGAGGCGUCCUCCUGUGUCCAUGAACCAUGUUUACCCCAUAUCCAAUGGGAGAGGUGUUCUUUAGAGACUUGAAUAUAGGAAUGAGUGUGUAGUUACUUACAGGUUUCUCCUACAUGUCAUCUGAAGUUAUAUGGGAUGAACACUUUCAAACUUUCUUAAACAACUUCCAGAACUAGAAGGUAGAAACCAAAAUCCUCAUGAUAGUAUUUCCUCUGGCAGCUGGUGCUGUGGGCAACUGCUUCACUGAGUCAGGUUUCUUUUCCUUUUGGUCCUAAUGCAGAAAUCACAGACUCACACAUCCAAGUACACUCACGUGCAUACGCUGAUCACUUCUCUGUUAUCUUUCGGUGUUCUGUGUAAAUUUGUUCACCACCACCCUGUCUCGCCAUGCACCCCACCUCUCCUCGAGAGUACCUCACAGGGCUCCUGCCUGAGCUCGUGGUCUGUCGUCCACCCCCAUCACCAUGUACUCAUCCAUGUGCUCUGACAUGUGUGUGUCAUGUCCAAGUGUAAGGUCAUGCUUCCGAAGAAGAGAACAGCUGCCCAUAGCAGCCAUCGUCUGGGUAAUAGCAAACACUCUAGAUAAGUUAUUUUGCACUUUCUUAUGUAUAAAGUUGGUAGAAACUUAUUUUUGCUUUGUAUCAUUUAAAUACAUUUUGUUUUGGUAAAUGAACUGUAUAAAAUAUUUAUGCUGUUAAAACUGUUUCUAGAAAGUAUUUUUAAUUUCAGCAAGUUUGGUUACUUGUUGCAUGACUAUUAACACUGCUGACUUUUUGUGUCAGUGCAAUGUAUAUUUUUUGUCCUGUUAUUAACUUGUAAGCCCUAGUAAUGGCCGAUUAUUUGUACAGCAACAGAAGUAAACUGAAGAUACUGGCUAAGA